ACUACUUUUGACUACGGGGUUCGCCCAUAAAUACUGUGUUGUGCGGCCUUAAGCCCCGCCCACGGCAAUCGCUCAUGUCGCCAGACGUAGGUCACGUGACAAGUUCUCCCCACGUCUUUUCACACUCCUGACGGUCCAGUGUGAACUGGCGCAGCAAGCUGUGCCCACAACAACAACAGCGGUCCUGACGACAUGGCGGAAAACGCGAACGAAGCUCUACUGUACGCUACUCAGAACAGCUGUCUACAAGGCGCCAAAGCAGCUCUGAAAGCUGGUGCCACACCCAUACGGCAGCCUGAGCCUUAUUGGCGAUCACGUGCGGACGCCGCUGCAAAAAUACUCAACCCUAUGUACGCCUCCAAUGCAGGCACCACGCCCAUGCAGCAGCCUCAGUCACUGCGAUCACGUGCGGACGCCGCUGCCAAUAUGAUCAAUCCUAUCUACGCUUCUGGUUCAGCCGACUCACCCAUGGACCAGCCCCAGAGUGAUAACCAGGCACGUGCGAACGACGAUGAAAACACAACCGAAGUCACGUACGCCACCAUACCAGACGACCCACCCAUGGACCAACCCCAGGCACGUGCGAACGACGAUGAAAACACACCCGACGCCACUAUACCAGACGGCGCGUAUCCGGGUGGAGUGAGCGGCCGCCGGGAUGUCUGUAGCUUCCUCCGCGCCCGCCGCAGCUGUCUGGCCGCUGGCAUCGCCGUGCUACUGAGCCUGUGCGCCGUGGGAGUCGCCCCUCUGACGUUCAGCAUCAAACAGGAAAUAUCUCAAUUGUCGACAACUAUGAAACGCGACAUGCACCAACUGGCUACCACUGUCAACGCUUUGAAAUGCGAUCAAGGUGACAUGUGCAAACUGUUUGACACUGUUGACGCCUUGAAACUUGACCUGGACAACGAGCGAAACCGAUCCGCCACCUUGGAGCAGCGUCUUAAAGACGACAUGUCCACCGCUGUUGACGCCUUGAAACUUGACCUGGACAACGAGCGAAACCGAUCCGCCACCUUGGAGCAGCGUCUUCUCAAGAUGGAGAAGAGUUUGCCAUCUUGUCCCGAAGGUUACACCAAGUGGCGUGGAAUCUGCUACAAGGCCUUCAACACACGCAAGAACUUCACCGAAGCGGCCGCGGCCUGUCGUGCAGACGGCGGCACCCUCGCCAUGCCCCGAGACGCUGAGACCGACGCCUUCCUCAUCUCCCUGUACAAGUCCGUGCGCGACGACAGGGCCUUCUGGUUUGGCCUGCACUAUCAGCAAAAAGAACGAAGGUUUGAGUGGGUGGACGGGUCUGCACUUGGGCCGUACAGCUCCUGGGCUCCGGGAGAACCUCACACAGUUCCGGGCGGCGAAGAUUGCGUCUCUUACACCACAUCCCAGAAGUGGAACGACCAUAAAUGCCACGAUACGUUUCCCUUCAUUUGCCAGAAUACCCAAGCCGUUUGUCCUAAAGGUCACACCAAGUGUCGUGGAAUCUGCUACAAGGCCUUCAACACACGCAAGAACUUCACCGAAGCGGCCGCGGCCUGUCGUGCAGACGGCGGCACCCUCGCCAUGCCCCGAGACGCUGAGACCAACGCCUUCCUCAUCUCCCUGUACAAGUCCGUGCGCGACGACAGGGCCUUCUGGUUUGGCCUGCACGAUCAGGCCGUAGAGGGAAGGUUUGAGUGGGUGGACGGGUCUUCACUUGGGCCGUACAGCUCCUGGGCUCCGGGAGAACCGAACAACCUGGGGUGUUGUGAUGAUUGCGUCGUUUACUCCGCAAGGAAGAAAGACAAGUGGGGCGACGAAGAAUGCCACAAGACGUUUCGCUUCAUAUGCCAGGCUGCUCCAGAACGUCCAUAGGCGACAGGAGGGAGUUCCACCACUGCCAAAGAAGUAGACGCUGUGCCAAUAAAACAUUCACAUUUCCUUGA